AUUAUUUGCCGCAUUAACCGCGGUGCUGAUAUCCCAUGCUUGGCGUUGUUUGUAUGUAAUCGAACGUUUUCCCGCCUGUAGUCGUUUUCAGUUGAGAUUCAAGUUGAUAUUCGCCUUCGUCCAGGAAAAAUGUCUGGGAAGCGCAAGAGUCCCGAGGGCAACUCCUCCGGCUCGGAAGAGUUCGUCGUGGAAAAGAUUCUCGACAAGAGGGUCCGGAACGGGCGCGUGGAGUAUUUCCUCAAGUGGAAAGACUUCUCCGAUUCGGAAAACACAUGGGAGCCGCACUCCAACUUGGACUGCACUGAGCUGAUCCAAGAGUUUGAGGAAAACCGCAAGAAACGGGAAGAAAAGAAGCGUUCCGCAGGAGCCAGGGCCAAUGGUGCAGCUCAAGAACCCAAGAAGAAGAAAGCCAAGACGGCCUCCGAGGUACGGCAGCCUUCAGAGGAGGAGACGCAACCGCGAGGGUUUGAUCGAGGACUGGAGCCAGAGCGGAUCAUCGGGGCUACGGACUCCAGUGGGGAGCUGAUGUUCCUGAUAAAAUGGAAGAACAGCGAUGAGGCAGACCUGGUUCCAUCCCGGCUGGCAAAUGUCAAGUGCCCCCAGGUGGUGAUCCAGUUCUACGAGGAGAGGUUGACCUGGCACACAAGCUCAAGCACGGCCAAGCCUGAAGACGCCGAGGAAGCCUCGUGAGGGACAACAGCGGGUGCAGGCCUCUUCCAGUCAUCCUCCUGCGCUCCAAGAAUUGGCCUGAAUAUGCGCAAACCCCCCUCGUGUAGAUGAUGGACCCGAGCACGUGCCCCUUGGGACAACAGCAUUACACGAGCCGACUCGGCAAAGCUGCUGGCAAUUGCAGGCUUGAGCAGCCGCACGCGGCCUUGGCACUUGUUACUGGGCUGGCUGUACACGGUGAUGUGUUGUGUAAUACUGUCUGGCCUUUGGUGACAGCCAAGGGGAAAAAAGAACUGCCGGAGUGCUCACUAUAUGCAGGACGGCUAUAGACGUCUAGUGCUGCAUGAGCCAGGGGCACAUGCUGUGGUACAUCGGCUCUCAUUGCAGUGGUCGCUAUGGCAUCCCACCCACAAUUGGCUGCCAAAAUGCGGGACACCUUGUUGGCGAUACCCACUGCAUUUUUUUCACUUUUCAUGGGGAGAGGUGUUGUGAAUGAUGAGUAGAUGCGAGGUUUGCAGACAGAAAAAAAGAGUUGUUGGGUUUAGUAGAUUUUUUUUUUUUUUUUUUUCGUCACGCCUUUGUUCUUUAACGUUUUGCCUCCCCCUACCCUUUUUUCUUUUAAAAGCUGGCAGGCUUCCAGCCUGUCUGCAAUUGUGCAAAGUCAUACACCAUGUUACUUUUAUACAUCACCCUCUUAAGUUUUCUCAUACCGCAUUCAUUCAUGUGCUUAUUAUGUUUUAGAAAUGAUUGUGACAGCUCCUUGAGCCUAUGUCCAGUGAGCACAAGGCUGUGUUCAAUUUUGCACACCUUUUGUUUUAUGCUAUUUGUGUACCCCUGUCCACCUUUCUUUUUUUUUUCUUUUUUUUUCUUUUUUUCUUUUAUUUUUCUGUCCAUGUCACUUUGGUAACUGGUGUUUCUCUCAGAGAUGUGGGCCAGGAGUGCCACAUAAAGUAGGCCGGUCAUUGUUGCCUGGUCUGUGAAUCGAAUUCUGUGCCGCCAGUCGUGUACCUUAGCAGCCUGCAGGAGUUCAUAGACUCGUCAUUUGUACUGCAGUCCGGCACUUGGGUUCAUGGAAUGCCCUCAUUCAGGGCAGCGGUGAAUAAAUUGAUAAAAGAGGCCA